AAAAUUUGCCCAGUCUUACAUCGGUUCUCUCUAGACAGUGGUCAGGCAGUUGAUGUCCUGCACCUGCUGCUUGUGCUGCUAUUUCAGAUCAUUUGGUUGCUCCCAUAUCUGCUUCUUUGUUGUAUUUUCUUGUUAUGGAUUGGCCUGAAGUCUCCCUGGGGUGUGCUGAGGACUAGGGAAACUGCUUCUGCUGCACUAUGUUAAGCAACAGAGGCAGUGGAAAAGGUUGUAUUUACUUAGUAAAAGCCAAGUGUGUCUGCUUAUUCCAGUUUUCAGCUUUCAUUUAGAAGACAGUUUAAAAGCCAGAAAGUUUUACAUUUUCUCCUUUUUAAAAAGCUUUGUAAUUUUUAAUUGAACAUAAUAAUUUAACUUCAUGGAGCAGUGAUGGCUGCAAGACUUCUUGACUGCUUCUGACACCUACAAAUACCUUUUCCACAUCUUUCGGGGAGAGUCCUCAACAGGGGCAACAAACCAACAUUUCCCUGUCUGAAAAGAGAGAGUCCUGCCUCUGCUGUAGGCUACAUCUUUGGUUUUCAUGUUUUGUGACAGUAAUGUUUUUGCUGCUUGGUGGCAGAGUGCAGAAAAGAUGCAAGUUGAAGCCUUCAAAACAUACAGUGAUCCCUUCCUAAAGUCAUAGGAGAAGUUUCAUUGGCUUUUAAAAUUUUGGUAAUAUGCCUGUAAUACUCCUCUAAGGUCUUUAUUAUUUGAAAGUUGAAAGCUGUUGAUAAAACCAACCUUGUAAUGAAACACAACCUCCUUAUAGAAGUUUCACUAAAAAUAGUUCUGGUGGUGCCCUGGGGGUGUUCAUCAGCGAGCGACAGCAACUGCAUUUUCACAGCGGGCAAGUGGAGCUGGUGAGGUCAAGGAGGAUGAGUCUGUAUUCGUGUGGGGAGCUUGGCAGGAGCAUCCAGGGAUUUUUGAGCUUUUACAGAUAAAAUGAGCAUGGAUUUGUGACAAUAUUGUUUUAAAAUACCUGGAAAGCUGGAACAAGCCCAAAAGAAUUCCAGUUCCAUCUUUAAGUGUGUGUGUGUGUUUUAGGAUCCUCGGGUAUCAGGUCCAGUUAACCUCUACUUACUGCUUUCACAUGUUUCAAAACUAGAAAAUCCCAACUUAAUACUGAUUAAUCUCUGCAUACUUCUUUUGAAACAGAAUUGGUAAGUUACAAUCCUGGUUUUUGCUUUACUUCUUCUUUUGAAAACAUUGCCCUGAUUUACUCUUUGCAGAAUGACUCACUGAAAUGUCUGCAUCACCAGAAACUAAUCCCUGCUCUGCAUGCUCUUCCUUUUCCAGAUGAUGAACCUGUAAAAUCUGUUUUACAGGAAGACUUUCUGACUUCCUUAUGCUCUUAAGUGCAAAAUGAUAUCUCUUGGGAGCCUGGAUGCAAGUGACCAUUUUCAGCACAUGGUUUGACUGAGGUGACUGCUUGAUCCCUGACUUGUGCCGGCGGACAGGAGAAGUCCUGCUGGACUAGGGAACCUGAGGACAAUAAAAAGCCCUGACAGAUGUCAGCAUGUUAGGAUUCAAGCAGUCACUGCUUUUGUUUUGUGCGGGAGGGAAACUUCAUCAGAAACACGGAUGAAAUUCCAGCCUUAUCUUAGGGAAUGCAUGUGGGUUUCAGGCACGCAGCAAGAGAAAAAAGCCAGUGCCUUUUCAGGCUUUUUGCUUCUCUCACCCUGUGCAAAGGAUAUUCUGCCGCACCUUAAUUUUAAAGUUUUUUGAACUCUGCUGGGAUUUGAAAUGAGUAUUGUCACAGUGUGCUUGUGAUGUCGCUUCCUUUGUUUGCCUAUUGCCAUAUACCCUGGCCAGCUCUGUAGGAGACCUGUCUGGAGUGCCUUUUAAUGUUUAGAUCUAGCAGUGAUUAGAAUACACUAAUGCCCAGUGGGUAUAUGUGUCAUUUUUUAACAGCUGCCGAGCUUUCUCCCUGCUGCUCCAAUUAACGCAUUCGGUGCACACUUGCCAGUGAGUGGGCUGUGUGUAUGGAUUAAACCACUUUGCUCUUUAUUCAUCCAGUGUAUGAGAUGCCAGAAAUGGAUUGCAUGUUUUCUGUUCUUACAACAAAUGAAAUCAAACGUGCUCCUGAGCCUUUGCCCGGGUAGAUACGAGGGCAGCAUUUAACUGGCAAAUGGAAACCUGUUUUGCUGUGAGAUAUGGUUCAGUCCAUUGACUAACAUCUAUCCCCGCCUCCCAGCCCCUCUUCAAAUGAUGGAGACACAGGAUAGGGAGCUCUCAGUGGUGGGCUUCCCCUUGCUGACAAGCAGGUCUCUUCAACUUUGCCCUCUGCUGCUUAAUAACAGCUUGAGAUCCUGAAAUUCUUCUUUUGCUUCAAUGCUUUCCUCCUUUAUUUAUUUUAAGGUUGAAAUAUUCCAGUCAGUAGAUUUGAUAAAGUGUGUCUGUGUGUGUCCUUUUUUUUAAAAAAAAAAGGGAAAACAAUAUGCUUCCUAGUCACAGCUGAGAUAAGGGAGGGGUUGUUUAAUGGUAGCGGAGCGGCUGGUGGGAGCUGCAGCUCUGCUCCGGUGCCUGCGGUUGAUUCAUGCUGGGACAGCUCUUUGUGAAGCAGAGGGCGAAGGGGGCUGCCGGCUGGGGCUGGGACUGAGGAGGAGAUGGAGCGCUUCUUGGGCUUUGUCAAGCAGAUACGAAGAUCAAGAAGAAGAAAAGGCAAAAAGUACCGGCCAGAGGAGGAUUACCACGAGGGCUAUGAGGAUGUCUACUAUUAUGCCUCGGAACAUUUUCGAAAUGAGAGUCCUUACACAAAAUCUGCAAACCAGGCAAAGGCACCUGAUGGAGCAUUGUCUGUGAGGAGACAGAGUAUUCCAGAGGAAUUCAAGGGCUCAACAAUAGUUGAAUUAAUGAAAAAAGAAGGCACCACCCUAGGGCUCACAGUAUCGGGUGGUAUUGACAAGGAUGGGAGACCAAGAGUAUCUAACCUUCGUCAGGGAGGAAUCGCUGCGAGGAGUGACCAGCUGGAUGUAGGGGACUACAUCAAAUCUGUGAAUGGAAUCAACCUGACCAAAUUUCGCCAUGAUGAGAUCAUCAGCCUGCUCAAGAAUGUUGGUGAAAGGGUUGUGUUAGAAGUGGAGUAUGAGCUGCCUCCAGUCUCUGUACAAGGAUCAGGUCUCAUCUUUAGAACUGUGGAAGUUACUUUACAUAAAGAGGGGAACACUUUUGGAUUUGUAAUAAGAGGUGGAGCACACGAUGACAGAAAUAAAUCUCGUCCUGUAGUAAUAACAUGUGUCAGACCUGGAGGGCCUGCUGACAGAGAGGGCACAAUCAAACCUGGGGACAGGCUGCUGAGUGUGGAUGGGAUCCGGCUGUUGGGAACAACGCAUGCUGAAGCCAUGAGCAUUCUCAAGCAGUGCGGGCAGGAGGCGACUCUGCUGGUGGAAUACGAUGUCUCGGUGAUGGAUUCAGUAGCAACAGCUUCUGGGCCGCUGCUAGUUGAAGUUGCCAAAACUCCUGGUGCUGCUCUUGGGGUUGCACUAUCUACCUCGAUGUGCUGCAACAAACAGGUCAUUGUCAUAGACAAAAUCAAAUCUGCAAGUAUUGCAGACAGAUGUGGUGCAUUACAUGUAGGAGACCAUAUUCUGUCCAUUGAUGGCACCAGCAUGGAGUACUGUACCUUGGCGGAAGCAACGCAGUUUUUGGCUAAUGCAGCUGAUAACGUCAAACUGGAGAUCCUUCCCCACCACCAGACACGGCUAGCACUGAAAGGCCCAGAGCACGUGAAAGUUGAAAGAAGCAACAGGCAACUUACGUGGGAUUCGUGUGCCAACAGCCAGAGCAGCCUCCUCACCUACCACCAUUAUAACACCUACCACCCUGACCAUUGCAGGAUGCCAGCCUUGAAAUUCCAGAAAGCGCCUCCUCAAAAAAGCCUUCCUCUGGUGUCUUCAUCCUUCUCUCCUACCUCCAUGAGUGCAUACAGCCUGAGUUCCCUGAACAUGGGGACCUUGCCUCGCAGCCUCUACUCCACCAGCCCACGGGGGACAAUGAUGAGGCGGAGGAUGAAAAAGAAGGACUUCAAAAGCUCCUUGUCUUUAGCCUCUAGCACUGUUGGUUUGGCUGGGCAGGUCGUCCACACAGAAACCACGGAAGUGGUGCUGACAGCUGACCCCAUAGUGGGGUUUGGGAUACAGCUCCAGGGUAGUGUGUUUGCUACUGAGACCUUGUCCUCUCCACCUCUCAUUUCCUACAUUGAGGCUGACAGUCCGGCGGAAAGGUGUGGGGUGCUGCAAAUAGGAGACAGAAUAGUGUCAAUAAAUGGUGUCCCAACAGAAGACAGCACAUUUGAUGAGGCCAAUCAACUGCUCAGAGACUCCUCUAUCACCAACAAGGUCACUUUGGAAAUAGAAUUUGAUGUUGCAGAAUCAGUUAUACCAAGCAGUGGAACAUUUCAUGUGAAACUACCAAAGAAGCAUAAUGUGGAACUUGGCAUCACCAUAAGUUCUCCAUCAAGCAGAAAACCAGGGGACCCUCUGGUUAUUUCUGAUAUCAAGAAAGGAAGUGUUGCUCACAGGACUGGGACACUGGAACUGGGUGAUAAGUUGCUGGCAAUAGAUAAUAUUCGACUUGACAACUGCUCAAUGGAAGAUGCUGUCCAGAUCCUCCAGCACUGCGAGGACCUUGUAAAGCUAAAGAUCCGCAAGGACGAAGAUAAUUCUGAUGAACAGGAGAGCUCUGGAGCAAUUAUUUAUACUGUUGAACUCAAGCGCUAUGGUGGGCCUCUUGGAAUUACAAUCUCUGGUACUGAAGAGCCCUUUGAUCCCAUAAUCAUUUCCAGCCUUACAAAGGGAGGAUUAGCUGAAAGGACUGGGGCAAUUCACAUAGGAGACAGAAUCCUAGCAAUAAAUAGUAGCAGUCUGAAAGGAAAACCUUUGAGUGAAGCCAUUCAUUUGUUACAGAUGGCAGGAGAAACUGUCACCUUGAAAAUCAAGAAGCAAACAGAUGCUACCAGUCCCAAGAAAUUUUCUGUGCCUGUGGGUCACGUGAGUGAGCUGAGUGAUGCUGAGGAUGAAAGCUCUGCUGCACAGAAAUCUGGCAAGCUCUCAGACAUCUAUUCCACUACAGUCCCAAGUGUGGACAGCGCAGUGGAGUCCUGGGAUGGUUCUGGUAUUGAUACCAGCUUUGGAAAUCAAGGACACACCUAUCAGGCUUCAGGAUACAACUUCAAUGCCUGUGAGUGGAGGAGUCCCAAGCAGGGCAGUUUGUCCCCUCCAGGCAAACCACGGAACCACCCGUUCCAUGAUCCAGGGCUGAGUGACGACGAGUGGGACCGACCUGCAGCAAGCACCACAGCUUCCAAGAAUAUGUGGCAACAGAAGGAGACUGAGACAUUGGGAGAGAAUCAAGAAAACCAUUUAAAGCAAACAUCUGUAGAAAGAUCAGGUGGAGAGAGCAUCAGAAGCAUGAAGAAAGAGGGAAAGAUGUGGAAAGGUGCCUCUGGAGGGCAAAGGAAAGGUGGGGGACAGCUGGAAGAGUGGAAUACUUCCAGCUUCACAGGUACCCAUGAUAACACCGAGGCUGACCAGGAGGAAAAUUUCUGGUCUCAGGCUCUGGAGGAUUUAGAGACCUGUGGCCAGUCAGGAAUUCUGAGGGAACUAGAGGACAAGGCUGACAGGCGUCUGUGUUUGAGAAACAUGACUCUCUUGGCCACAAUCAUGUCAGGAAGUACAAUGAGUUUGAAUCAGGAGAACCCACAGCCUCGUAACCAGCUGGGAAGACAAGCCAGCUUCCAGGAAAGAAGUUCUGUAAGGCCGCAUUACAGUCAAGCUACUCGUAGCAACACAUUGCCGUCAGAUGUGGGGAGAAAGUCCAUGGUUCUGAGAAAAUUUAAGCAAGAAAUGAAAGAAAUCAUGUCACCAACUCCUGUGGAGUUACACAAGGUAACUUUGUACAAGGACUCUGACGGAGAAGACUUUGGGUUCAGUGUCUCAGAUGGUUUAUUGGAAAAAGGAGUGUAUGUUAAAAACAUUCGACCAGCUGGCCCUGGUGAUCUGGGAGGUUUAAAACCAUAUGACAGACUUCUACAGGUAAACCAUGUUCGCACCAGAGACUUUGACUGCUGUUUGGUUGUGCCCCUCAUCGCAGAAUCGGGCAAUAAGCUGGAACUGGUCAUUAGCAGAAACCCCCUGGCAUCCCAGAAAGGAAGCUCAGAACAACACUCUUCAGGGAGCGGGGAGUGGAGCGACCCAAACGCUGCCUUCCUGCAGCAGAGCGGGCACACCAGCGUCAGCACGGAGACACGGGACCCCACAAACACCUUAUAGCAGAAACCACCGGGGCGGGACAUUCGGCAACUAAAGACUAUUAUGGUGCUAAAUCCAUUCAAGAGUGCUCUGAGAUUGAGGCUCAGAUGCUGUACAGCACUGAAAAGCACAGGAGGUCAGUUGGUCUGUCUCAAGGCUUCUAUUGAUCCACAGUUACUUUGGAAAUAGUUUCAUUCUUCAUUAAGUCAUUUUCCAUUCUAAGCAAUCUUGGAUUAGUAACAGUAAAAAAAAAAAACACAUAAGGGCCUUUUUUUUCCCCAAAUAAGAAACUGGGGAGAUGUUUUAAACAUGAUCUAAAUGUUCUUCUCCCUUCAGCAACAGCAGCUGUUUGAGGGAAAAACAUGGAGUUAACCUCUGCUAAUAAAAAGUAGUGUCCAGGUUACACUGUUUUUAAAAAUCCUUUUAUGAGGAAGGUGCUGCUAUCUGAUGGACAAGGCAGAGUGGUUUACUGCACUGGGUUUUCUUGGGAAAUGGCUACAUCUCUGAUUUUGGAAACCUUUAUUCGCUGGCGAGAAGGGUGCACUCAUUAGACAAAGCUAAAGGGUUUAGAUGUUAAAACGCUUGCAGGAGGCUGUAGUUUGCAUUGAACAUUGCUCCCCACUUCAGCAAACUUUGUUAGAACAUAUGUUACUCCCUAUGCAAUGAAAUAUUUAAUGGUAUGUCUUGCAACCUGUGGGGAUUUUUAAGCAGAGACUUUUUUAGUGGGAUAAAACCUCUGAUGAGGGAUUACUGAAAAGAGUGAAACUGAAAUGAGUUCAGACAAAUUAGAAAGGUUUUUUUAAAAGAAAAUGGCUUUUUUUAAAUUAUGUCAGUGGAGAUUGAUACAAAAGCUCUUUAAUGAUCCAUAAACCUGUAAACUUGUACUGUUCCACAUGAGCUUUUUAAGUCAGUCAGUUUCUUGAAGGAAGAAAGGUCCUAUUUAAUAUGCUUUGUUUUCAGCCUUCUUUAUGAUAAACAUUACCCCCUGCAACACAUUUUUAGAAUAUAAAAUUGUAAAUAUAUUUUACAAACACAUCACACAAAUUGUCUCCUCUCCCCUCUUCCCCCAAGCAAUAAAAUACUGCCAGUUGCUUUAUAUGCUCACCAGCAGCUGCAUUGGUUUAUUCUGGUAUUCGAGUUGUUAUUGGUAAUUAUUGUUAUUGGUGAAUAUAAAGAUACUGGAUUUGUACAUUUGUAGAGUCUCCAUAUCUAAGCAAUCACCUUACAGAGUUGUUUCUGGUCAAUUUAAACUGUUUAAUGUAUCCCUGUUGCUGUUUCCAAUACAUAAACAAGCUCACCUUCCCUGCACACACACACGAGUAUCCCUGAUUUCUAUUUCAGCACUGCCAGAAAAGGUCAGAAUGACAUUAUAGGCUGAAUCAUGUAAAAAAAAAAAAGCCAACAAAACAAAAACUCCAAGGUUCAUGAGUCACUUAAAUAUGUAUUUUUAUUUGUAACAAAUAAGUAUUAAACUGUAAAGUAUUUUUGUACAAAUUUAAUACUUUAAUAGCAUGAUAUUUAUCGUCUAUGUUAUGUUUUUUUGAAAUUCAAACUGUUGCAAAUAUUUGUAUGGAAAAACUGUAUAAAUUGAAAUAAACAGUGAUUUGAAGACAUUAAAAA